UGUAAAUGCAUCAUCAACAGACAGCCCAGAAUGAAGAAAGCAAGCAGGAGUGUUGGCUCAGUGCCCAAAGUGCCUGGAGUAAAUAAAACUCAAACAACUGAAAAAGCCAAACCAGAAAACGGCUCCUCAGUGUCUGCAGUAACAAAACUCUCCAAAACUGGGACAUCAGCGUCUCUUUUGAAGACCAAGAGUAAUGAUGACCUCUUAGCGGGGAUGGCUGGUGGCAGUGGAGUGACAAUGACCAAUGGUGUCAAGGCAAAGAAGAGCACUUGUGUAUCAACAGCAUCUUCGGCUUCAGGGACAACUAUGAACAGUCUGGAAAAUAAACCCAAAACUGUUGCAGGUACAAGUUCCACAACUAAGCGUAGCACUUCAUCUGGAAAUAAAGAGUCAAGCUCUUCUAGAGAAAGAAUACGUGAUCGUUCUCGUUUAAGCCAGAGCAAAAAGAUGCCUUUGACUGGACAGGGAACCAAUGAUACGGUACUGGCAAAACGCUCCCGUAGUCGCACCAAUCCAGAAUCAGAUAUUCGAAUGAGCAAGUCCAAAUCAGACAAUCAAAUCAGUGACAAAGCUGCACUGGAAGCAAAGGUGAAUGAUCUUUUGACAUUAGCAAAAACUAAAGAUGUGGAAAUCUUGCAUCUGAGGAAUGAACUAAGGGACAUGCGUGCUCAGCUAGGGCUUAACGAAGAUCGAUUUGAAGGUGAUGAAAAAUCUGAAGAAAAAGAGGCCAUUGUUGUCCAUCAGCCAACUGAUGUAGAGUCUACAUUGCUACAGUUACAGGAACAAAACACUGCCAUCCGAGAAGAGCUCAACCAGCUGAAGAAUGAGAAUCGAAUGUUAAAAGACAGACUAAAUGCAUUAGGCUUUUCUUUGGAACAAAGGCUGGACAACUCUGAAAAACUCUUUGGCUAUCAGUCUUUGAGUCCAGAGAUUACAGCUGGCAACCACAGCGAUGGUGGUGGUACUUUGACGUCUUCAGUGGAAGGUUCUGCUCCUGGAUCAAUGGAAGACUUGUUAAGUCAGGAUGAAAACACUUUGAUGGACAACCAACAUAGUAAUUCCAUGGAUAAUUUAGACAGUGAGUGCAGUGAAGUUUAUCAGCCACUGACAUCAAGCGAUGAUGCCUUAGAUGCUCCGUCAUCUUCAGAGUCUGAAGGCGUACCAAGUAUAGAAAGAUCUAGGAAGGGAAGCAGUGGCAAUGCAAGUGAAGUGUCCGUAGCUUGUCUGACAGAACGGAUACAUCAGAUGGAAGAGAAUCAACACAGUACAGCUGAAGAGCUCCAAGCCACACUUCAAGAGCUUGCAGAUUUGCAACAAAUAACACAAGAGCUAAACAGUGAAAAUGAAAGACUUGGAGAGGAAAAAGUAAUCCUUAUGGAAUCUUUGUGCCAGCAAAGUGACAAGUUAGAACACUUCAGCCGUCAGAUCGAGUAUUUUCGGUCCCUUUUAGAUGAACACCAUAUUUCAUAUGUAAUUGAUGAAGAUAUGAAAAGUGGUCGCUACAUGGAGUUAGAGCAACGUUAUAUGGACCUUGCAGAAAACGCCCGGUUUGAGCGAGAGCAGCUGUUAGGUGUUCAGCAGCACUUGAGCAACACUUUGAAGAUGGCCGAACAAGACAACAAGGAGGCCCAAGAAAUGAUAGGGGCAUUAAAAGAACGAAAUCACCACAUGGAAAGGAUUAUUGAGUCAGAGCAGAAAAGCAAAACAGCAAUAGCAUCUACCUUAGAGGAGUACAAAGCCACAGUAGCCAGUGACCAGAUUGAGAUGAACAGGCUGAAAGCUCAGUUAGAGCAUGAAAAGCAGAAAGUGGCUGAGUUGUAUUCUAUACACAACUCUGGAGAUAAAUCAGAUAUACAAGAUCUGCUGGAGAGCGUCAGGCUGGAUAAAGAAAAAGCAGAGACAUUGGCCGGUAGUCUGCAAGAAGAGCUGGCACACACUCGCAAUGAUGCCAAUCGAUUGCAAGAUGCCAUCGCUAAGGUUGAAGAUGAAUACAGAGUGUUCCAAGAAGAAGCCAAGAAACAAAUUGAGGAUCUCAAUGUGACUCUAGAAAAACUUCGAACAGAACUUGAUGAAAAAGAGACUGAAAGAAGUGACAUGAAAGAAACUAUCUUUGAGUUGGAGGAUGAAGUAGAGCAGCAUCGUGCUGUGAAGCUUCAUGACAAUCUCAUCAUAUCUGAUUUGGAGAAUACAGUUAAAAAACUUCAGGACCAAAAGCAUGACAUGGAAAGAGAGAUAAAGAAUCUUCACAGGAGACUGCGGGAGGAGUCAGCAGAAUGGCGUCAGUUCCAGGCUGAUCUACAGACUGCAGUGGUUAUAGCAAAUGAUAUAAAGUCUGAGGCCCAGGAAGAGAUAGGAGACUUGAAGCGUAGAUUACAUGAAGCUCAGGAGAAAAAUGAGAAGCUUACUAAAGAGUUGGAGGAAAUAAAGUCACGCAAGCAGGAAGAGGAACGUGGUCGAGUGUACAAUUACAUGAAUGCUGUAGAGAGAGAUUUGGCAGCUCUGAGACAAGGAAUGGGCCUAAGUCGCAGAUCAUCCACCUCCUCAGAGCCAACUCCUACUGUAAAAACACUCAUCAAGUCAUUUGACAGUGCCUCCCAAGUUCCAAGCCCUGCUGCUGCCACAAUUCCUCGCACUCCCCUGAGCCCAAGUCCCAUGAAAACUCCCCCAGCUGCUGCUGUAUCCCCUAUGCAGAGGCAUUCUAUAAGUGGACCGAUCUCAGCUUCAAAACCCCUUGCUACACUGACAGACAAAAGACCGAGCUAUGCUGAAAUCCCUGUUCAAGAACAUUUGUUGAGAACAUCUUCUACCAGCAGGCCAGCGUCUUUGCCAAGAGUACCUGCUAUGGAAAGUGCCAAAUCUAUUUCUGUCUCUCGAAGAAGUAGUGAAGAAAUCAAGCGGGAUAUCAGUGCAACUGAUGGAGCAUCUCCAGCAUCUCUCAUGGCAAUGGGUACCACCUCACCACAGCUGUCCCUCUCAUCUUCUCCCACGGCAUCAGUCACCCCUACAACCAGAAGUCGAAUAAGGGAAGAGAGGAAAGAUCCCUUGUCUGCCCUAGCAAGAGAAUAUGGAGGAUCCAAGAGAAACGCCUUGCUGAAGUGGUGCCAGAAAAAAACAGAAGGAUAUCAGAAUAUCGACAUAACAAACUUCAGCAGUAGCUGGAAUGAUGGCUUGGCUUUCUGUGCAGUCCUCCAUACUUACCUCCCAGCCCAUAUUCCCUAUCAAGAGCUAAACAGCCAGGACAAGAGAAGAAAUUUCACUUUGGCUUUUCAGGCAGCUGAAAGUGUUGGAAUCAAAUCUACUCUGGACAUCAAUGAAAUGGUGCGAACUGAGCGUCCAGACUGGCAGAAUGUCAUGCUGUAUGUUACAGCAAUUUACAAAUACUUUGAAACCUGAAACCUAAUUAUUCAACAGAUCAAUGGGAUAGAACCAACAUGAGCUACCAGAUGGAAAUCUUACUGAAAUACUACUCCCCAUUUCACUGAAAACUGGCAUCAUUUGAGUCCCUUCAAACUUCAGUGACACUAUCCUGGAUUGCCUCGAAUUGCUUCAGCUACCAAGCCUGGAAACAACUGUUUAAAAGCAAGAGCUUGUUGCCACAGUGCUUGGAAUAACCCAAGUUAUUAAGCUAUUCAGAUUAAUUAUGUAGCCUUAAAGAGUGUGGACUACUUAUGUGCUACCUUUCCAGCCAGACUUCCUGAAGCUUUCUUUCCUAGGAGAGUGAGUUGAAUGGAUCCUCUAGCAUAUAGGAGACUGAAUGUACAGAUAAAGCUUUGAGAAGGAAAAGGACAACAUGGCAUCAUAUUACUGAACUUUCUGUAGCAUCCUGUUACCACAGAGUCUGAGUAUUCUACCCACAGCAUAUGGCA